AUGUAUUGGCGACGUUGUAAAAUUUUCGCCACAUUAGUCCUUCAUAUAACAUCGUGUUUCAGUGUUCCGCUCAGCGAUUUCUAUCCUUAUGGAGUCAGCGAGGGUGAUAAUGCACUUCCGCCAAAUGACGACGGCAGCUCAGGAGAAAUACCAAUCUCAAUUCUCUACCCGUAUUUUGACAAGAAUCACCAUUCCUUAUAUGUAAGUAGGCAGUAUUUAUUUGCACUUUUUAAUAUGAAUUAUGUUUAGACUCGGUGAUAUCUUUUAUAAGUUUAUUUUUUAAAAUAUUGACAGAAGUGCCUGUAUUUUAAAACCACUUUGAUUGUACGUGAUGUCAGCCCUAAACUUUGCAAAAUUGAAAUUCACAGAUUGAAAGAGUUUCUGCUUUUCUUACUUCACCUAAGAUUCUAAUAACGCCCUUUAAAUAAAAAUUUUCAAGAAAAUUGUACAUUGAUAGCGUCUCUGAUUUCUUGUGUAUUAAAAUCCCUAUGAACUACCUGCGUGACAGUUAAAUUUUUUCUCGGAACCACAUUUGUCUCGCUUGAUUAAAUAUAACUAAAUGCAGCACGGAUCAAUAACGUAUUCAAACAAAGUAUGAUUUUCCUUUAAAAUUCUAUCUUUACACUGUGAUGAAUGAUAUUAGUCGCUCGUUUAUUCCGUUAUAUCUUCACUGCCCAACAAUAUUUUCAGUUCUAUCGCAUUGUUUAAGUAUUCCAAUAUGCCACAAGUGACCUUUCUACUCCACCAUUGUGUUUCAUGCGUGGUGUGUGUCACGAGAUAAAUUAGGUUCUUCCUGUACAGAAAUCAUCGCUACCUCAGCAGAAGACGAAUAGAACGCAUGCAAACAACGAAAAAAAAAACUUGAAUUCAGUAUACAAGACAUUCCACUUUCAUUUCAACCAGAUCGUGCAUUAAAAGUAUUCGUGAUAGUCUGGCGGGCACGACAGUUUAGUAGUUGUUUCACUAAGUACUUGAGUACUGUAAAAAUUUGUUCAAGGGUAAUUUUUCAGCGCCGCUUUACUGUCCAACGAAUUCACAAACUAAAAUACUUUUCCAACCGGAAAAUUUUUUAAUUUAAGAAGUGUUGUCGGAGGCUACAAAGGCAUUAAAACGGUUCGAACUUGAGCUGCAAAACCAUGAAUCUGAUCUGUAUGACCUCACCGUUUUCAGUUUACGGCCAUGUUAUAGACGAGUCAUAACUAUAAUUAGUAUAAAUUGUCCUUUCACAAAUGCUGUAUUGCGACUGGCUACGCAAGUCGCUAUCUAUUUAAGACAUUUAAAACAAUCAGAUUACCAGCUCAAGAUUUUUGUCACGUGAUAGUUGAUAGUUGGUUAUCAGUUGAUGCGGGAAAAGCUAGGAUCAACUAUCACGAUUACAAAUCGAAAGUGAAUAAUCUUACAGUUUAAGUUGUUGGAACUCUGACAACAAAAGAGUCUCGUGUUUAUUUUGAUUUUAAAAAAUAGGGAGUAUUAUAAUUUUUAUUUUAUUUUUACCUUCAACCAAAGUGCUUAUCGCCUGGCUGAGUCCACGUUGCAAGGGUGAAAGCUUUUCCUUUAUGUAAUCGGUCAAGGGAAUUAAACCAGAAGCAUAUAACUUACAACGGGGUCAAAAAUCCAUAGGCAGUUUUUGAAAACAUGUCCUAUGCCCAAAUAUAUGAAAAAGACCGACUACUUUUAGCCAAUUCACUGAGGCGUGCACACAAAACAUCCACGCCCCCAGCCCUCUAACAUUGUUGCUGAACCUACGUAUUGGUAAAGUUUACUAAGCGCACCAAAUUCAACUUUGUUUGCGGAAGAAAUAAUUCGAUUGAAAGUGUCCCAAGACUUGUAAACUCCACUGUAGGUCAUCUGAUUAUGAUAUAACACAUGUAUUGUAAUAUUAAAUCGUUCACCAGCAGAAGUUUUGAAGAAUCAUGUUUUAUAUGAUCGCAUGACUUAUUAAAGGCUUCCAGAAGAUUAUCGAUUUCAGAAUAAUCUUCAUUUCUUAUUUAACUUUUCUCUGUGUGUGAUUUCAGGUGAACACAAAUGGAGUUAUCUCAUUUCUGGUUGCAGUGGGUCAAUUCACCCCAGCUCCAUUCCCCCUAGGCGACAACCGACGUCUUAUUUCGCCAUUUUGGGGUGACGUGGAUACCAGAAAUGGGGGAACUGUAUUAUACAGGGAGUCUAUUGACCCUGUAUUGCUGGACCGAGCUACAAAGGAUGUUCGACGGGCAUUCUUAAAUCAUCAGAGAUUCUCAGCCUCGUGGAUCUUCAUAGUGACCUGGGACAGAGUGGCAUUCUUUGGAGCUGAAGGAGACUUUAGAAACAAGGUAACAGGGAAAGAUAAGUUUUUCGCCUUGUCACAAGCGUGGGACAUGAAGAAUCGAACUUCUGACCAUUGAUGCGCCACCACUGACCUCUUUCUUAUUUUAUUUACACAUGACGCUCUCCGAAUAGCUAAUCCUAGCAAUAAGAAGGACGCGUGUCAUGUAAGAACCUUAUACAUGUGUAGCUCUCCACAGAGUCUCUGUGACUCACUGGUAGAAUAUUAGAGUGUGGAAUCUGGAGGUCUGAGAUUCGAUUCCUUAUGGGGACUUAGAAUUUUUUCCUUUCCCCCACUCUCGUGAAAAGACGUAAAACGUCUUUCUCCACUUCACUACUGAGCGCAAAAUUUACCGUCUUUCCCACUCUAAUUUUACAAACAAGGUAACAUUAGUUAAAACCCAACCGGGCUAUAAAGACAAAUAACCUUAAUUCACAAUGGUUUAAGCAGAGGAUCUUGUGUAAAAGGGUAAGAAUUCUCAAAGAAAUUGCAAUUUUGUUCCUUGUCAGGUCAACAACUUUCAAGCAGUGCUGGUUACAAAUGGACGUCAUUCAUUUGCCAUAUUCAAUUACAAUCAAAUCGUGUGGACAACUGGUACAGCUAGCGGAGGGACUGAGGACGGAUUGGGCGGUACGCCUGCUCAGGUGAGUGUCUGAAUGUAAAGUAAGAGACAAUAUAUUGAGUAAAAACAGUGAGCCCAGUGGAUUUAUUACCACAAUCUAUAUAGAAAAAAAAUUUAUAAACUUGCAGGUUGCAAUGAAACGCACUUUCAAAUAACCUUUAGCCUUCCAAUAUUUUUUCUCCUGCCCUUCUCCUACAGUUGUGUAGCCUGCGAGUGCACAAGACUGCGCCUACAGGAUCGGCGAAGCCUGCGGGUUUCGAGCCCACCCGUGAGGCGAGCGUGCAAGAGGUUUGCAAAGAGUCUGCGAGGGUUCUGCCCCGAAAAUGAGACCCCUCUCAGACCUCUUUACUGCCUGUUUUGCUCGCCAACUCGAAUCUCAAAGGCCUCCAUGCUUGUGCCGCAUCUUUAGUGGGAGUCCACUUCUCAAAAUUUUUAUUAAAGAACAUAUGGCCAAUGGAAUACCCAAAUAUCUUUGGACCUACUUAAUUUAAUGAACUAUAACCAUAACACAUUUACUGUUGUAACUUUAAGAAAGGUUAAAACGUCACCCGAGAGAAAGGUACUAAUCCAUGCGCUGAGCUCGCUCGGAAAAGAUUACUCAUAGAGUAGAGUUGAACCCUUUCCUCUAUCUGCAGCUGUGACCGAAAUAUUACACAAUGAUGAAGAUGCUACUAUAAAUGUAUGGAAUUGACUGUGGAUUUGACUUUGAACUGCAGGGCGGGUUUAAUGCUGGAGAUGGGGUGAGAUUCUUCAUUAUCCCUGGCUCCCGAACAAAUGACAUCCUUAAUCUUCCUUCCACCUCAAACGUUGCUCGAGACGGUCAGUGGAUGUUCCAAACCGAUGAAGCAAGUGUGGAAGCUGGGGGAUGUAACACAAAAGGUACAAAUUGUAAACACAAGUGUAGUUUAAAGAAACAUCACGGAGUCAUAAGCAUAGAUCGGUAGAUGUCGUAGGAGUGGACAUUCAGCGAACACCUUAAAAGGAAAAAAAGAACUUGAAUAAAAAAAUUAUAAAUAGGGAGUCAGUGGAACAGACCAACAAAAAUUUGCGGGAAGUAACUUAAAACUGUACGGAAAUAAUAAUUUUAUCCUCCAUAGUUUUUGUUACCUAGCUUCGCUUUUUAAAAGGCGCGCAUCCCUCAGCAAGCAACAUUUACCGCGACGCAUAAAAGUGUUGCAGAUUGCACUGUCCUUACUCCACAAAAUGUGUCGUUUUAGAAAAAGAAUCCAAAUAAGUGAAGAACCGCAAACAUUUAACACGUUCAGUGGGCGCACUAUCAUCAGUUUUUCCUCACCGACUUUGCCGAUAAGGAGGGGCAACUCAUCGUCUAAACAGCUCCUUACAGAAGUUUUGGUCAUUACGAACCGCAAUUGAAACUCCGGUACCAUUUUUUGGUUAUAUGCUACCCUAACAUUGCAUUCAUCUGCUUCUUCCUAUUUAACAGGAUCUCUCACCAUAUCACCCCGAUCUGGGAUUAUGUUAGGAGGUACGAACGUGAAAAUGAGUGGACCUUGCUUCACUGCAAAUGAUAACAUUGUGGUUCAACUCGACAAUGACGUCAACAUUAAUGCAACUUUUAGCGAUGAGCUAACGUCAUCAGUUACCAUACCAGUGUUGAACAAGACAGGACGGUUGUCAUUCAAGUUAUCUACUGACGGCGGAAAUUCAUUCGAUUACAAUGGAGUGUACACAUCAGGUACGUUAUCAACUAAAUUCUUUUUAUUGUCCGUUGAGCUCACUUUUGACAUCAAUCAAAAUUGUAAAUUUAAGGAAAAAUUAAAAAUAAGGAACAGGAAUUUUAUCUUUUAAGACGAACAUUUUAACGUUUAUGUCUUUGUUCGAGAACCAAGCUUAAAAUUUGUAAUAUGCAUAUUUUUAAUCUACACUCAAGUCGCUCUGACCGUAGGAUCCAUAAGUUCUAAUCAAUGAGCCAUGUGUGGCCCAAAUAAUUCCGGAUGUGGUGGAGUAUCUCAUCGCGAAAUGGAACCUUGGUGAGGUUCGAAUCUUCACAAGGCCCUCGGAUGUUUAUAAGAUAUUCUAAGGGCAACAUGCACCAUUGGCUUUGUUCAAGUUUCCGGGUCAUUUCUUCCUUCACUAGAAGGAACAUUAAAAAAAUUAUCUCUUUUAUUUUAGUUCCCAUAAAUCGAUUCACUCCCGAGGUCCAGCGAGAGGACGGUGAUAAAUGGCAGGAGGAUUCCACGGUUGACAUUAGUUGGGAUUCGGGAAGCAUCGGAGGACUAGACGAGGAAGUGUCGAUUGAUUUGGCGCGCUAUAAAAUGGGAGAUGAUGAUGUUCCCGUACUGGACAGCUUCCGCCAAGUAGUAAACAAUCAACUUAAUUCUGGACAUAGUCAGUUUAAUGUUACAAAAGGAGAGGGAGACGGGUAAGGGUGAUUCUUUAAGUAGUAAUGUGCGGGAAAGAAAAAAAAAACCAUUAGUUUGGCAUGCUUUUUCAUCAUAUGAACAACAUUCUGCGCGAAAUUACAAUGCCGCUCAGUGGCAUCAAACGCAUGUUUGUGCACUGUUUGUGUUGAUAAAUGUAUUAUUAUCACAUAAACUGCGAUGUUAUACAGGGAUUUCCGGCCCUGAAAAAAGCCGUAGCAACACACGUGAAAAAAUAUCUUAUUUUAUUUUCCACGUGUGUUGAUAUAGCCAAUCACUCGGUCAGGUUGCUGAAUGAACGGCAAGUUGAUUGUCGGAGCUUUCUCGAAAUAUGGCGCCUAAAACAUUAAAAAAUCCGUAUGCCUGACAGACAGUGAGGUUCAAACUUACCUAGAAGGAGAAAACCAGUGUACUAAAAGAAAAACUGAAAGUUACGUAUUCAGUGGCUUUGGUGUUAGCAUUUCUCUCGGCUGAGAAUGAAAAUCGACAACUGGAGGAUUUGCCACUGGCCGAUUUUGGCCGUUUACCUGAAAAAAUUCUUCUGUCGGUAAGGACAAAGUCAAUAAAUGAUAAUUUUGUAAAUUGAAAUUACGACCAUUGUUGUUUUUGUAAUCAUGAUUCAACGCAUUUUUUGCAUCUUAAGAGUUAGCGCCCACGCACCCUACGAUUGUUAUUCGGGGAUUGUCAAUUUAUUUGUUUUCAUUGAUUAAUUUUACUGUUUUUCUUGUCAGUAAAGGCCUACUGUGUUUAUAUGAUAAACAAAAUAAUACAUGGUUGCUUGUAGAUAUGGAAUUUCUCUUCUCGUCUUCAACUCGAAACCUCACUCGUUCGCUGUGCUCACUCGUUAGCUAUCGAGUUAAACGCUCGAAGAGAAAUUUCAUAUCUACGCGCGCCCAUGUAUGAUUCUCUAUGUAGCGCACCUCUUCGUCUUGUGAGUCACUGAUCAUGAGUAGGGAACUCAGAGAGGAGAUGAAAACAGUUCCUAACUAUCUUUUGGUGUUGUUUUGUUGAAAAAUUCAAUUUUCAAGGGAAAGCCUAUUCGAAUGGAGCGCGCGCUAUGUCCGUUAAGAACUGAACACAAUUCAAUUGUUACGUCAGUUGCAAUUCACUGUUCGUUUUUGUCAGCGAGUUUUAAGCUGCAUCUAUUGUGUCACAAAAAGAUGUGUUCUGUUUCGGUAGUCACAACGAAAAUGGUUUCAACAGCAAUUGACGAUAGAGUGGAUUAUUUGAAUAAAGUUCGUGGUAAAGAAGAAAGUGUUUAUGAUAAAGUUGUAAGAGAAUUCCGCGAACUCGAGAAGAAUGCUGACAAGUACUUUGACAACUUGGACGCUGUCGAAGAAAUGUGUCACCAAGCGAAAAAAGACGCGCAAAGAUUUCGGCUGAAAGCUGAGGCCGACAAAGAACUAUUGAAGAGAGAUGCUGCUGUGAGGGCCAAAUUGUAUUCCUCCGUCACGGAAAUGAAAGAAAAACUGAACCGAAUGGAUAUCAAAGAAGAGCCGACAUGCCCAAUUGAGGAAAAGAUGCCUGAAGCAGCUGAGAAUGCACACCGGCUAACUGUCACCGGUCGAGUGUGUCGCUAUGUCAGGAUUGGAUGUGCUUUGGUGUUUGACGCAGUAGCUGCGUAUACUCUCUUUAAGUUUACUCAGCCAUACUUUUUUUAAAUCACUGCGCCGGGCCCUAAAAAGAAGAUGGGCCCAUCGCUCGGUAAGAGAACGAAAAGCCUACAAGCAGUCCCCCUUUUUGCGAACUCUGUCGCACGAGUUAAAAAAAGGGAGGAGGAUCUAUGUUUUUUUUACUCCCUAUCAAAAAUUCAGGCCCUUGAUGUCAAAAGAUAUUUAAGGCAAUGAUUGGUUUGGGUGUUUUUCCUCAAAGCUAAUCCUCUUGUUUUACUAUUAUUUUGUAGGAACAUUGAUGACCGUUUUAUCAAUCUUGUUCGAGUGUCAAGAAAAAACAGCUACAGCAACGUAUCUAAGUCUCAGUGGGUGUGGAGUGAAGUGUUUUCUUGGAAGAAUGAGCCGUGGGCAGAGAGUAGAUGUAAAAAAUGGCAUCAGAAGGAACCUAAUCCAGACACAUUCAGAGGUAUGGAGACCUAAAUUGCAUAUGUCUUGGGGAAGGAACAGACUAACGUGUUGUUACUGAAAAAUAAGCUCUAUCGAUGCUUCUUAAAGAGAAUGAAGUCUACGUCUUAAAGUCCGGAUUCAAACGGUAGAGCCUCACAAAUUCGAAUUUGGUUAUCGCUGAAGUUAACUCGAGUAAGGGGUCAUUUUCUUGGAAGAUGGUUUUUCAGUCAUUAACCUUCAGCCACCCCGAAAUCCCCAGCACGUUAAAAUGUUGUAAGCGUCCUCGUAGCAAUUCAUUAUCAGCACAUUAGGCAAGAUUCUUAACUCGCGCAUUCCCUUUCUUUGAGCAGAAGUGCCUGUAAAUGGGUGCUAUAUAGCCGUCAGGAGAACCUAGAAGCUGCCAUCCGAAAGGAUUAGCAAUGCUGCUAAAAUUUUCAUGCUUGAAAGACCAACGUAAACUCCUAUAGAGGAUUGUGGGGCUAAACAUGGGUUAGUAUUCCAACAGAGUGAUGGCAAGACCCACCCAUUUCUCAUUUAAGAAAACGUUUCUGUAUGCUCAACGUUAGCGGAUAGCUUUUGAGAAGACGACAGUAAUGACAAGGCGAAGAGGAUUUUGACUAAUAUUAUUGUAUUCAACCACUAAGGAGAUCCCAGCAUGCAGCCAUGCCCUUCGAGUUUGACUCAGGCUAUGGUAGAUCGCGGGCGCUUCAUGUCUGAUGAGGAAUGCAAUCCCCAAAAUCGCGAUGGAUGUGAUCGAUACCACGAGGGAGCUUUCCAGUGUUUUUUAAUGGUCAAUCCCAGGUCAGUUAUUCUUAAUUUUAGUUUAAUAAAAGCUUACUGGCAAACAACCCUGAGGAAAUGCAGUGAGAUAUCUUUUCUACUUGCUGUUUUUAAGAAGCCCCGCUGUGCAACAAAAAAAGGUACCCAUAAGCACAAAAGAUAACUUUGCCUCGAUUUGAUUCACUGGACCCAGUUUUUCUUGUUUUCGUCCGAAUAUGUAUCGAGCAUGGAGCACUGAUUUACUUAUUCUUCCAUAGUACCACAGGCUCCGGUCAGCAGUGCUGUUUCAACAGGCUUGGAAACUUAAUGAUGGGCCAACCAGAUGCAGGGUCCCUUGACCGCGUUCAUCCUAAUGCUGGUCUCCCUGUGAUAUCCCAUUUCUUCCAUGAUAAGGUGCCGUACGAAGACUGCUGCCGCAACUCUAAGAAUUGUGAAAAGUACUUUGAGAAGCGGCCUUCAGACGACGGCUCAAGAUAUCAAGCACCAAGACCCGGUAAUUCUUAAUCAUUUAAGUGUUAUGUGGCAUGUGGGCGACGCGAUAACCCAGGGGUUGGAGUGGAUAAAAUGUGGUCGCUCAAAAUUCACAAUUGAAAACGAAAAAUGUACGAAAGGGCUGAACACGCGUUGAAAAAAGGCGCAGGCCGGUUACUCUCCUGUGUGACAAUGCCACAUAAUUAAAGUGUUACAGCAUUUCCAAGUGGAGUCAAAUUCGCUCUAUAAACAUACGAAUGAUUCGCGUAUUUGGGUAAACGCGACGCAGUAGUACGAUUUGUUGAUAGCGUGUCUGUUUGCAGACAGAUCUGUACGACAAAAAAAAAUCCCCUUACCCAUCAACAAAACUAUGAAAAAAAUUGACGAGACAAAUACUCAACGGUUAGAGUUAUUCAUAAAUAAAUACAUUACAGUUCAAUUUUUUAAUACAAAUAAACCCAGCAGUCUCGAUCGAUAGCACACCGCAGAAAUGACGCACACCGUCCAAUUACACAGGCUUGGCGCGUGAACUGUCCUUUUUCAUUGUUCAGUUACUGUGCAAUUGCAAGCGCAGCGUAAAAGUUGUCCUAAACUAAACAAAGCGCGCUGCUAAUUGCUAACUACAUUUGGGCAUUAUGUUUUACUUUUAAUUAAAAGUAGAGAAAAAAUGUAUGUAUAGUUCUUUGAUAGUGAUUUCCCUUAACAGCUCACAUCGUCUUUAUUUCAAUAACUACGUUUUUUCGUUGCCCAUAGCCACCGGUUUUGGGGACCCACACAUGGUGACCUUGGAUGAGAAGCCAUUCACGUUCAACGGAUAUGGGGAAUACUUCAUUUUAAAAGUGAAAGGGGUGGACUUCACUUUGCAGGGGCGUAUGGAGCCUCUAUUAGCAGACGAUGGAUCGCCCUCAAAAGCCACGGUAUACACGGCAUUUGCAGCCAAAGAAAAUGGAUCAGACGUUGUACAGGUCAGGAAAAUAUGUGGAAAACAGAAAUAUUGAUUAUCUUGUAUAUGUGGUGAUGGGGCACACGGGAAUGUACGUUACAUGAUAUAUUUAUAUUAGACCGUCAUUGCCAUGCUGGACUCAAGGUGGCCUAUUGGUUGGCAUGUUGGGUGUGAGCCCGAUAGAUCUACACUGGUCUAGGUUCAUCUCCCGGCUGGGUCAUCUACUUUGCCCCUAAUGUACCCCUCUUCACCCAUGCAGGAGUAUCAGUUGGUCACAAGAGACUGGAUCAUCCAUGAUGGGCCAGCAUGUCCUCAUUUAUUUGUUAAUAUGAAUAAACUAAAUGUUGUACUUAGUUAAACUUUUUUUCUCUUCUUCUGCUCAAUGUAGAUCCAGUUGAAUGGUCGUGGCUUAGUGGAUGUUUUGGUGAAUGGGGAAAGAGUUGAUUUUGAUGAGCUCUCCCUUCUGGAAUUCACCGGAGUCUCUGUGUUGUAUUACACCAACACUACUAAAUAUUCCGUUAUUUUUAACUCCGGCAUCUCCGUGACAGUUGAAGGGCAGCAAGAGUUGCUUGGUCUCGUGACUUUGGUACCAACAAUUUUCAAAGGUAAAAAUCAAGAGAAGGUGGAAGAAUUCAAAUUAAUUUCAGUUAUUUCUCUCCCCUUUCCAAGUAUACGGGUACACAGUUUAUCUUUAACGUUUAUGAGUCUUUCUAAAGAAGAGAGAUAUCUUAGCGAAACUCAUUUUGAACGAGUGUUACCCGGCUGGGGGAAGGAGAGGUCCCAAGUGGGUAGUUGACUCUUCUCUUUUUAUCAAAGAAAAGAUGUCAUAUUACACUUGCCAACGAAGUUUGAGGUCUUUACUAUAAGUUCUGGACAAAGUUUUUUAUGGUUAAUUGAUGGCCAAAGCGUGAUGUGCGUUGGUCUUUAGUCGACCGGAAACAGUGACAAAUCGUAAAUUGCGGGGGGAAAGUUACGACUCACUGUAGUAUUUGUAAAGUACAUCAAAUUGGUUUGGGGAAACGAUUAUUGGUUACUCAGAGCGGCUUCCUAUAAUAUUACGAGAGACGUACUUCGAAAGCAAAACGAGCCCGGGCAUUUGUUAGUUAGCCUUCAUUAAGUUUAAACAAACAAUUUGGAGAAAGAAAGGAUUCUAGAGGGUGAUUUUGAAAAAGUAACUGAAGGAUGGCCCCUAAAUUGACCAAUCGCAAUGCGUUCGGUAACUGUGAUUGAUUGCAUAUAAACGAAACAGCAUCACAUACCCAACUUCCUUAAAUGGGACAAGAGGGUGAUUUUGAAAAGUAACUGAAAGGCUAAAAAAUCAUACCCAACUCCUUAAAUGGACAGGCUAAAAAAUCGAAACAAGUAUCCGAUAUUGAGAGUGGAAAGUUAAACUGUUCAUUGCAGGUAAUACUUCCGGUCUCCUUGGAUACUGGGAUGACAGUAAAGAGACGGAAUUCCUCAAGCCCGAUGGAAUAUUCCUGAAUACAAAUUCGAGUUUGGAAAUCAUACACAGAGAGUUCGGACAAUUAUGUACGUACCUGUCAGAUAUGAUUGCUUUCUGUUCCUUUUUUUAUGUUACUCCAAGUUAUGGAAUUACCUUCCGGAGUUUCGCAAGUCAUAAAACGCAAGAAUGGCCUUUUUAAAUUUCAGAUUCCUAAAUCAAAAUAUCAAAAACCUAUGUAGCCGGCCAUUAGUAUAAUUUUCAGGUUAGAAAUACAAUUUUUGAAGACACUUUUUUUCAUAGUGCAGAUGCUGCUAAGUUGUACCGUAUCCUUUGAGGUUGUCAACCCCUCCAUAGUAAUUUCUAUGAUUUUUGAUUUCAUUUACUUCCGCCCUAAUUCACCAAACUAUUAAGCUAUGAAAAAAUUUGGUCAAGUUGUUUUGGUCUUAUUUAGCACAAAAGACCUCAAUAAACUUUCAAUGAUAUGAAACUACUUUUAAGACUUUUAAAGAAAGACAUCUAAAAUUUGCCAAUAUGUAGCAGGUUUUUUCUCAUGCUCUCAAAUGCUGACAAAGUAAGCCAAAAAAAUAAGACAAGAGUCACAUGGGAAACUCCCAGGAUACCGUUUAAUGGCGCUAUCCCUUAAAAGUGCACCUGACUGUUACACCUUUUCCUUCGUCUGCAGGGGUCACCAAACCAGAUGAGUCUCUCUUUGUCUAUCAACAAGGGCAGGACCACUCCACGUUUCACCAUCCGAAUUUCCAGCCAAUAUUUCCUGACAGUCAAAAAUUGGACUUCACUGAUAAGGUGCUGGAGAAGGAGGCCCAGAAUGUUUGUGGGGAUAGCUCCGAGUGUUUGUUCGAUAUUUUUACAACUGGCAAAGUGCGAAUCGGACGAGCAACAAAAGAGACUGUGACUCAGUUUGUCGCUAUUGUAAACGACACUGUGAAGCCAGGUUGAGAAUAAUAAUUUUUAUAGUUUAAUGCGAUAGCUAAACAUCAAUUCACAGUAUUUGAUCCGUCAAUUGGAUUAUUUACGAGCUCCUACAAUGCUCAAUCGUAAAAUGAGUCCAGGUUUUAGACCUUUCAAGUGAAAAUGAGUUUUAUUUACCUUAGAAUAGAAUGAUUUUCGUCCAAAAGGCUUUGCACUCCGUGUCUGCAGAUCAGAACAGAGCUUUGGGCGGCGCGUUAACUGCACAAUGAGGCAAGCUUGUGCUGGGCCUACUGGGUGAAAAUGAGUUUUAUUUACAAAAGAUAAAAAAAGUCAUUUUCGUCCAGAAGGCUUUGCAUUCCGUGUGUACAGUUCAAAACAGAACUUGAUGACGCAUCGGUGGAAGAAUCUUUGAUGCAUAAGAUAGCGAUUAAAUUCAUACAGAAGGAACAAGUCAUUCUCCAACGACUCUUAGCAUUCAAACGACUCGAUACCAAACGAAAACGCGUUUAUGGACACUUUUCAUUUCCUGUAUUGUUCCAGGUCUCUUCCCUGUUUGCUCAUGGCUGAAGGCUGGUAUGUCAAUCACAAGGGUUGCUAAAUUGUGUGAUGUUGUCUUUAUUUUUCAGCUUGCGUACCACUGGACUCGCAGCUAACCGAUGGGGUUGUACACAGAAAUGACACUGAAGGCGGAAUUGAUUACACGUUUGCAUGCAAUGAAGGUUUCGUUAUGAACGGCUCUAAUCAUGUGACGUGUAAAGAUGGAGUUUACAAUGGUUCGGUUCCAAACUGCUUGCCGAAAGGUAAAGUAGAUCAAUAUUUCAUUUUUUCAUUCACUGCAUGCCUUAAAAAUUGUUAUGUUGACUAUAAUUGCGUUUUGUUCCCGCCAUGAUCAAUCGAUAGCAUCGAUGAUUGAUACCGUUUGAUAACUAGCGAUAUAAGUGGAUACAACUUGGGUCAGCAUGGAAAUAAAAUCGAUCGAUUGAUACUUAUAAAUCAAACUUAGAACGUUUAGCCUAAUAAUUCGGCUGAGAUUUGACGUGUGGAAGGCUGCAGUUGAUAGGAGUGACUGACGUUUUGACAACUUGAGCAGAAGUCUUCAACAAACUCAAGGUUGUCGAAACGUUAGUCACUACAACCGACAACAGUCUUACGCGGGAAUCUCUCUUUACUGAACGAUCAAACCAGUUUUUGUAACACCGAAACUUGCUAAAUUUUGCAAUGAUACUCAAAUCAGUCUUAGAAACGAAAGAAGGGCAUAGAAACCAUUUUAGUGCAGAGACGCUUUGGUAGUAUUGGGCCCUUUCCAAGAACUCUUUCGUCAAAUUAUCCACGAUAGCCUCUUUAUCGAACCAACAAUUGGUUCAUUCGUCUGUAUAUGUUCAUCGAGGUUUGAAACUCGCGGAAAGUUAGAAAAGCAUGCAAGACAUUUUAGAGUCUCUCCAGGAGCAGCGGUACUUCAAAUUUUUGAUUUAGAGAGACUUUUUCUGCUACCCUCCAAUGCAUGCUCAAACGUCAACUGUGUCUAAAAUGGACACGCGCAAAAUUGAAUUUGAUAACAUAAAUGUGAUAAAACGAGAUGAUCGGUGACUGCGCAUGACGUUUUUCUUGCCGUCUCGGACAACUCUCUGAGCAAUAAUAAAGGAUCAAGAGCUUCUUUAACAGGAAAUAAAACUAAUGGAGACCGACAGGCAUGGAAACUCCGGUGGGAAUUACUAUACAAUCCAGAUCUGGUUUAUCUGUAUUUCGAGUAUUUAGCCUACAAUGGUAUUCCGGAUUCCUCAACGCUAGAUAGAUUAGCAUUGGAGCUCAAAACUGACAGGGAUAAGGUAAGAGCAACGUACCAGUAAACUUUCAAUGUAGUUUGCCUUUUGUCCGGAGUUGAUUCUCUUCUGAUUUUCAACUGACUUAUCGCCUUAGAAGCUUUUAAAUAGUAAUUCAAAUUAUAUUUCGAAAUCAAUAAUAAAACAGACCAAUGACCUAACAACUGACGUUUUAAAAUGGUAAAAGAAAAAAGAAAAAAAGUCACUAUAAUUGUUAAUCAGUUGAAGCGAGCGGUAUGCUUUUACACGCAAACUCUGUAAAUACCCUGUUUGCACCAGGGAUCACAGAGGAAAUAGAAGGAUCACCAAAGUGUUUGGCAUUUCAUCAAACACGUAAUGGUUCCCUAGUUUGGUAAAAUUUAUUUUUUCUGCUAAGUUUCAUUCAUUCAUUCCUUUUCAUUUUAUUUUGUACUUAUUUUUAUUUCAUAGAUCCUCAGCUGGUUCAAGUUUCUGGAUAAAUGGUAUUACGACCAGAACCAGGGAAUGUGGAGCAAUUAGUAAAGAAGUAAAGUUGCCGCGAAGCGAAUCCAGGAAAAAUUAAGAUGAAAUUUAUAUUUUUUCUAUUGUUCAAAUUAGAGAAAUUAAUAUAUGAUUAUUCGAUGAGUGCAUAAAACAAAUAAAACUUGCACAUUUUUUCAAUGUUUCCAUGGUUAUAAUUGCAUAAGCUGGCAGGAAAUGAAUUUCACCCGCGGGUAGAUAUCAUUUCACGGCAUGAAAAGAUGUCCUAGUCUAUUCGCACUUCUCUCGUACGACCGAUCCCUCAGGCAUCCUUACAAGUGCAUCGGUAUCCCAUGAUAUUAUCAUCAAUUUACAUACAGUACCACUGUCACUGAGCUGCUGUGUUGUGGCGUAGAUUCGACUCCAAGUAUCGGCCAUACUGUUGACAAGUAGGCGGCUUUGAAAUCAAAUCAGUUCACUAGGGUAAAGCAUGAAGUAUACCAUAGGUGAGAGCAUCAAGGGUUGAUUAACACUUUGAAAUUUUUGAAUGAUUUUCAGACUGCAAAGUAAGAGUGGGCCUUUAGAUAUUUGUCAAACACGAAAACUUUUUAUGAACUGGCCAGAUGCAGGUAUUUUCAACCAUACAAGGUUCUCUUAACUACGAAUUUUGAAAAGUGUAGUAUUUCUUUUUUGCUUAAUGCCAGUAACAAUCCAAUUUAGCCAACAUCAAAAAUUUGCCGUGUAGCAAGAAAUUGUUUCAACAUGUAAUUUAAGUCACUUAUUACAAGUCCUUCAGCUAAUUAAGUAAGACGGAAAAAGAAUAUGCCAUCUGCGACUUAAAAUGUUCCCGCUCACAUAUGAAAAAUGUGUCUCUCUCUUCUACUGUACACAUACAAACGAAAGUGGUGACUAAAUGUUACAGCCUCAUAGUUAAGAUACUGAGGAAUGCCUCUUCGAUGCAAUGUGCUAGUCUCUUCGUGGUAAACAGUUUGUCAUGAUCAGAAUGUUUAUAAGAUUACUCUAAUCAAAACGACUAAAGCUGCAAACUACAUGAUCGACUUUUUCGACGAAUUUGUUUACCAAUAAUCGAUCGCUAACGAUUGGUCAGGCUGGGUUCUUUUUUUUCGGUCUUUAUGUCUGAAAAUGCUUUAUUGAUAGGUUAGCCUCUUCUCCCUUAAUUUUUCCAAAGAAACUCAAUUAUUUUAAUUUACUUUCUUAACGUUUGUUUGCAAUUUCUUUUAGGCUCUUUGAAAUUGGACAUUAAAUUUAGUUGACAAGAAAAAAAAAUCUGUUUAACGUGGCUAAUUUGACUGAUCAUCUUUAGAUCUCAAAUUUGGGAGCAGUCUUACUAAUACUGGGGGAUGGUGGGGGGAAGGUUUUUGUGGGGAUCGAGGGAUCAGAUGGUUUCCAGGGGAAACGGAGGGAGGAUCCGUUAUCAGUCGUUGCCGAAAAAGAGUAUAAAGGGGGGACUUGAUCAUUGACUAUAAAUUAACUCUGCCAAUGAGAGGAAAAGUUCAUAUGAAUAUUACAAAGCCCUAUAGGGGGAUCAAACAAAUUAUAUCGGGACUCAGCCAUAUUCCACUGAAUCCCCCCCCCUCCCAGGAGAUAAUAAUGAUCGGUCACUUAAGGCCAACUGUAAAUAAGAACGGGAAGAGGCACAGAUAGAUGGUGACUGUGUCACCAAUGUUUCUAUGGUAGAUAAUUACCUUUGAAAGGCAGAAAAAAAAUUAAUUAAAUGAUCGAGUGAUAACAUGGUACAUAUUGAUUUCCUUUUUAAAAGAAUGUCCAGUUCGUCUUUGGCAUCUUAAGAAUGGUCGUUUUCACGGGAAUGGCAGUGUUUACCUUUCAACAUAUCAUUUCCUGUGUAACGGUGGAUAUGUCUUGGUUGGUGACAGUACCGUGACAUGCACGGCGGAUGGCUCAUGGAAUGGUACAAAACCCGUCUGUUUGCGAGGUAUCAAGUUUAGCCUUAAUACAUUAGAGAGGUUUCUUAGAAAAGGAGAAUCAGGAAUUAAUGAUUAAGGAGGAUCGGGGAUGGAUGUUAAAGGAUCGAUCAUAAUGAAAUUACCAAUUGUUUUGAAGAAAAGAGGAAGUUAAAGAGCCCUCUUUGAAAAUUAUAUGCAUGAAACUUUCCAGUGUAAAUGCAUGUAUCUCAGUUUUCUCCUAAAUCACAGAACUAAAAACCACCUCGUGGUUAUUACAAUUUACGUAGUCAAAUUAUCGUUGGCAACAUCUUAGAAAUUUUUUGUUGGUGUUCUUUAUUUGAAAUUUGCUAUGAAGAUAAUUCCCUUUUUAGGUUCACUAUGAUCUCACUACAUUCACUUAAUUCCAGGGGACGAGAGUCCAAGUCACUUCCUGGCGUAAUGAUUUAACAGAUUCUUGACACCCGAUCCUCCUUCCCUCGAUUCCAGUUCCUUGACUGUCGUUUCCCCAUCCUUGUUCUGAUUAACCAGAAUAUAAGUUCGGUUUCAGUUCGCAAAUGACCAUGAGAUCUUUAUAAACGUCGCAGAUAAACUCCAUCCUUGACUCAAAUGGUCUUUUUAUUUAGUCUUGCUGAUAAGUUGGUUUAAAAUGACAGCUGAUCAGAUCAUAUUGUCUUGAUAGUGAUGCUGCCGGAAAUAAAAUCAAGGAUGAUGAAAAAAAAAAACAAAACAAAAACAAAACAUGAAGAAAAUGAAACCAGAAUUUCCAUUCUUCAUGUUCCGCUUAAAACUGAGAUCUUUUUCAGUUACUGGGACAAAGAAAGGAAAUGAUACUUCUUCAGGAAAAAAAUGGCUCACCAAAAUUUAUAAUUUUGAAUGAUAAUUGACCUAUGAAACCUAAAGAAAUGAUUUAAUACAGCUCCCAGUUGCAACAAGUGGAAAUUAGUAUUAGUUAUGAUUAUACGAUCUCAUGAUCUUCCUAGCCUUGUUCUAAAUAACCUAAGAGUUGCCUUAAAUACUUGCAGAAUGCCCAAGGCUCCCUUCUUCAAUUUCAAACGGCGACGUCCAUGGUUCAGGUCACUUGCAAGGAUCACACCACAGGUUUAGCUGUCGCCCUGGUUACUCUCUCGUGGGCCAUGCCAUUUUGUACUGUACCGAAGAGGGAAAGUGGAAUGCCAGUGUUCCCAUGUGUCUGAGAGGUAAACAUAUCUAUCUCAAAUUAAAUUUGACGAAUGGUGUGUUGUUACAACACCUAGUGCAGGAAUCGUCGACCAAGUUUUGUGAUACAUUCUCCGAACUACAAAACAUGUGUUUUAUUGAGUUACGAGGUCUGAUGUUAUGACAACAGUUAACACUAACGCUGUUUUUGAUUGAAGAGAUGAGGUAGAAAUAUUUUAGAAACUACUCCCUUAGUUAAACUUGCGCUCGUAUCCUUUAUGGACGCAAUUUAGGGAAAGAAGUAAACCUUCAGUUAUAAAGACGAUUCAAAAUCAUGUUUAAUAAGAUAGAAAAAAGACAAAUGAGUCAGUCAAUCACAAAUCAAGAAGGAGCAAGAAUAGAGAAGGGUGAAGUGGACUGCAAAUAUCAGCUUUAAGAAUUUAGAUAACCCAUGGACUAAUGAGCUCCUUCGAAGGAACGACUUUCCGCAUUAUUUCCCUCUUUCUCCAGAAUGUCCUCAUCUUCCAUCAUUCAUACCAAAUGGAUUCGUUGGUGGGAGUGGAUCAGUGGAGGGAUCGCAGUACAGGUUCAGUUGCAAGGGAGGAUACUCUCUUGUGGGAGCAAACAUCCUUCAAUGUACCGAUCAGGGAAACUGGAAUGGCUCCGUUCCUUCGUGUCUCAAAGGUACGGGUGCACCAGAGUUCGAUUACUUUAAACUCCACCAAUGUAGCACUUUCUGUUAACUACAUCAUAAUCUGAGUACCGAGUGGAGACCUGCCAGGGUUUGUGUAUUACUUCAUUUUCACUCGUUUUUGUGCCCCACUUCCGAUGCCUGAAAACAUUUUCCUGGUGCUUGGGAAAUUCAAGAGAUAUCUAUCCCUGUUUUUUUUUUAAAGGAACCUCGUGUGAUCUGUAGUUCGCAAUUCGCUUGAUAUACCACUUGUCACAGGGUUAGUUUUCAAGGAAACGAAUUUCUCAUCUCACGUUUCUUGUCCAAGGUUAUUACGUUACGCGUUAAUAUGAAGCAAAGUAAUCCCUAAUUUUUCUUCAUUUCUUUUUUAUCUCCCACUGAAUUAUGCGAGCUUAUUUUUCCGGAUUCUUUACUUUAAGUAAUCUUAUUUUCAGAAUGUCCACAACUGCCGUCGUCAAUACCUAAUGGAUUUGUCAACGGCACAGGUUUCUUGGAAGGCUCCGUGUAUGGAUUUAGUUGUUUGCAGGGCUACUCCCUUAUUGGAGAGAAAACGUUACUUUGCUCUACGGGCGGAAACUGGAAUUCCAGCCUUCCCAGCUGUCUCAAAGGUAGCUGUAAUUAAGUGAUGAAAAAUAACCGAAAAAUGAUUACAUUCAAGUGUCUAAAAAAACUUUUUAAGACAUUCAGCCUGACAAAAACCUUUAAAUAUCGGUUAACAGUUCUGUAAUAGUGUUGCUUUUUUUUAUCUGAUCCUCGUUAAAGUGAACUGAUAUGCCUGACUAAGAAAUAUUAUGACAGUAUCUGAUCCUAUUUUCCAAGCAAGACAGGCUCGAAUAUGGGGGGAGGGGUUGGAUAAAGGAGUUGCUACGGUCUAGGAAUAAAUCACUUAUAUAAGUGUGACGUAACGAAAAAUUCGUUGUGCAUAGACUAUAUUUAGUUUUUUCACAUAGUCAAACAUGGUUUGAAAAAUUCAUGGACUAUGUUUAGUUUUGGCAAUAUAUGAGUUACAGAGUGAUUUUAUUUAAAGUUUAUCCUGAAGAGUCAAACAUUGUGGCAGGUUUAUAUCAAUUGUUGUUGGUUCGAUCGUCACAGAUUGUCCAGACCUUCCGUCGUCCAUACCGAAUGGAAAAGGAAACGGAACUGGUUCCGUAGAGGGCUCCAAGCAUCAUUUUACUUGUGAUGAGGGGUAUUCACUGGUUGGACAAAGAGCUUUACAUUGCAAUAACACAGGUGCCUGGAAUGGUUCUGUGCCUGUGUGUCUUAUAGGUAGUGUAUCUAUCAAUGUUUACCUCUAAAGUAACUUAAAAUUACCUUGCCGAACAAGAGUUCUGAUAUAGUGAAUACUGAGGUUUACUAAUUACUUCUUUGUAACUUUGUAACUUUCUUGUCUCCUAACGAAAUACUUUGUUUCCUUAUUGUACGAUCAAAGAAAGGUUGCUCACUUCGCAGUAAUCUAGAAAUGAAAAGUCAACUUUAUUCUUUUAUUUAAUCAUAUUUUGAUCUGUUUUGUUUUCUCCCUACACAUUACCGUGAAUAUAAUCUUCAUAUAUCUGCUCACACAGAAUGUCCAAAGCUUCCCCUUUCCAUACUACAUGGUCAUGUUAAUGGUACGGGCUCAGUACAGGGAUCCGAGUACAGUUUUAGCUGCAUUCAAGGCUAUUCACUAUUUGGUGAACAGAGAUUGAAAUGUACGGCAGAAGGAAAAUGGAACGCCAGCCUUCCCAGUUGUCUUAAAGGUAUAUCUAGCCAUUUUAUCAGCACCAAUCCUCUUCGUGUUGAAUAACUUAAAUCGUGUUUUUCUGUUCAUCACAACGGUUUUAAGACCACCAGACUUGGCAUGAAAUUAAGGAUACGUUUUCUUUAUCUUGCACUGGAAUUCUUGGCAGAGAAAUAAUAUUUAUUUUUAGAUUUAGCCAUCUAUUGCUGUGUUUUCGAAUUCUUUUUUCUUUCUGUGUUUUUUCCCUUGAUAGAAUGCCCCUCUCUGGCUGCUGACAUGGAAAAUGGUUAUAAACAUGGCCGUGGGUCGGUGGAAGGCUCCUUGGUCUGGUUUAGCUGUGCUAAUGGUUAUUCACUUGAAGGAAACAAAUACCUCUAUUGUGAUGAAAAUGGUCAAUGGAAUGGUACAACACCUUCUUGUUUAAAAGGUAAAGUAAAUAUGUUUUAAAUUCAAAUUUGAUGAAGACAUGCUCACAAAAUAAACCAUGACUAAUAAGAACAUCGCUUAAAGCAGCUAAUAUCGCUGUUUUGUUACUGUUAAAAUAACUAACCUACACAUGAGUUUAUUCGCUUACCUAAGAACAUCAAUGUGUCAGAAAGCUGUACGCUAACACAGCUACACAUUCUUUUUCAAAGAUUGUCCUCAAAUGAACCGCACACUAGAAAACGGGCACAUUGAUGGUAAUGGAUCCACGUCAGGUGCAGUGUAUAGCUUUCUUUGCGAUGAAGGAUACAGCAUAGAUGGAGAAACCUCGCUGCGCUGUGAUGAAAAGGGACAAUGGAAUGGUAGCAUUCCUGUAUGUUUAAAGGGUACGUUAAACUCUCAAGUUACUGCUUGA